UUUUCGUCUUUAUAUGUACAAGAAUUAUAACUGGGUCGUAGAGGGUUAUUACAGUUUGGGUGAAAAGUUGGCCGAGCACAAGACCCGAGAGCACGACCUGAAGGUGUGGACUCAGGAGGGCAAGAUCUAACGCCGGUGAGAUAUUGAUAAAGAUUCUGCAAACAGUGAUACCAGAAAGUUUGCAAAAGAUACAAUUAGUGUAUUAAAGCAAGCUGCCAGUCAAUCUGGUGAGUUAAAUCAAAAGAUAGAAGAACUUCUGAAGAAAGGAAAAUGACUGAUAAAAAUUCUGUGUUAGAAAGAUUGAGUAGAAGAGAUGCCCAACGCCUAGAAAAAUUACAAAAAGCUCACAAAGCAAGAGAAGAUAUUGAUCCUACAAAUGAAAAAGAAGAUUACUUCACCGAUGCAUUUAAACUUAAAUCUGAUUAUGUAGAUAGUCUGCUUUCUCAAAUUCCAACUUUAGAAACAACUGCUUUGAGUGGCCACUUUGAUAUUAUUAAAAAAGAAAUUAAUGAAAUGCAUAAAUAUAUUGUUACAUCAUCACUUUUUCUCAAAGAAUACAAUAUGCGAAAAUCGUUAAGCAUUGUUCAAGAUCUACAAAAUAAAUGCUAUGAACUAGAAGAGAAAUAUGUGCCUAGAAAAAGGUUUGGUUUCUCUAAGAAGAAACUAGCAAAACCCGAGGAGCAAAAAUCCAGUGUAAUGGAUGAAAUUGACAGUAUAGAAAAGAAAUAUGCCAGCAAGUGGGAUGAAAAGUUGUUUGGUUUUGACAACAAAGAAAAUGAGGUGUUGUUGUUGGAUAAAGAAGACCUGUUUCAGCGAGAUGUAUCAUUGCGUCAUCUGAAAAACUGCACUGUUUUCCUAAAAGGUGCUAUGGGUACUUUACACAUAACAGAUUUGGAAAAUUGUUUGGUCUUAUCUGGUCCAGUAAUGACAUCUGUCUUUGUUGAGAGAUGUUCGAACAGUAAGUUGGUGGUAGCUUGUCAGCAACUGCGAAUGCAUACAUCAUCAAAUUGCGAUAUCUACCUACAUGUUACAUGCAAGGGAAUCAUAGAGGAUUGUACCAACAUCAGAACUGCACCAUACAGUCUUCAUUAUGAAGAGUUGGACAAACACUAUGAGCUGUCUGCCCUGGACCGUAGUAUCAACCACUGGGACACCCUAGAUGACUUCAACUGGCUAGCUCCUAAUGUACCCUCACCUAAUUGGUCAAUAUUGGAUAAAACUAAAAGGGUUACCGACUGGGAGGAGCACAAAACAAAAAUACCCUCUUAAAUUAUGUUUUCUUGCUUUUAAUCAUAUUGUAUCUCAAAUUUAUCCAUUAUAAUGCUUUGACUAUUUUAUUGUAACAACUUUAUAUGACUUAUUUUAUGAAAAACCUUUGUAAUAAAUGGGUUACUCUUUCUACAUCAAGGUUUAAAGCACAUUUUUUACAGUAGUCAGUAGGUUAGAAAGUAAUUUAACAAUGUUAUUCGUUUAAAACUUUAGUUUGCAUAAAUAUCCUUUAACUGCUA